UGCUGGGAUUACAGGCGUGAGCCACCAUGCCUGGCCAACAAACUUUUACAUGAGCAGGUUCGUUAUAGAAGUAAAUUGCCUGUCAUGGGGAUUUGGUGUACAGAUUAGUUAAUCCCCCGUGUAAUUCCUUCCACCAUUUAUUUACCUUUCUCCACAGCAGCCUAUUCCCUUUGAGGGAAGAGACAGACCCUUUCAUAUUGUUUUAUAUUGUUUUAUACUCAGUACCUGUUUUAAGAAAAAACAACAAGGAAGCCGGGCGCGGUGGCUCACGCCUGUAAUCCCAGCACUUUGGGAGGCUGAGGCGGGUGGAUCACGAGGUCAGGAGAUCGAGACCACAGUGAAACCCCGUCUCUACUAAAAAUACAAAAAAAUUAGCCGGGCGUGGUGGCGGGCGCCUGUAGUCCCAGCUACUCGGAGAGGCUGAGGCAGGAGAAUGGCGUGAACCCGGGAGGCGGAGCUUGCAGUGAGCCGAGGUUGCGCCACUGCACUCCAGCCUGGGUGACAGAGCAAGACUCCGUCUCAAAAAAAAAAAAAAAAAAAAAAAAAAGAAAAAACAACAAGGAAGUAAAACCAAAGACAGGCAGCCUGGCGCCAGGCCCGAAACCAGGCCUGGGCCUGCCUGGCCUAAACCCAGUAGUUAAAAAUCAACUCAUGACUUAGAACCCAAUGUUAUUCAUAGAUUCCAGACAUUGUAUAGAAGAACAUUGUGAAACUCCCUGCCCUGUUCUGUUUCUCUCUGACCACUGCUGCAUGCAGCCCCUGUCACGUACCGCCUGCUUACUCAAAUCAAUCACGACACUUUCAUGUGAAAUCUUUAGUGUUGUGAGCCCUUAAAAGGGACAUAAAUUGUGCACUCAGGGAGCUCAGAUUUUAAGGCAGUAGCUUGCCGAUGCACCCAGCUGAAUAAAGCCCUUCCUUCUACAACUCGAUGUCUGAAAGGUUUUGUCUGUGGCUCGUCCUGCUGCAUUUCUUGGUUCCCUGACUGAGAAGCGAGGUAACUGUUAUGGACUGCCAAUGCAGCCCCUUAGGCGGCUUAGGCCUGCCCUGUGGAGCAUCCCUGCGGUGGACUCCGGCCAGCCUGAGUGACGCGAUCCAAAGAGCGAUCCCGGGUAGGAAAUUGCCCGGGUGGAAUGCCUCACCAAAGCAGCGCGUAGCAGGCCCCCGUGGAGGAUUAACACAGUGGCUGAACACUGGGAAGGAACUGGCACUUGGAGUCCAGACAUCUGAAACUUGGAGCUGGUUUUCAGGAGGACUUCCCUGCUGGAUAGAGGGAAUAACCAAGGGAUCAAGGGAGUUGGAGGAAUCAGCUCUGAACAGGAAAAGAGAUGGCCCCAAGAGGGAUGCACAGCCAUAGACAAGUGGUAGGCAACCCACUGUCUGUGCUAUGACUUCAUUACUCUUUCCCAGCCCAGCCCUGGGCAAGCCCCUUACGAAGUCUCAGGCUACCUGGAUGACCACCCUUUCUUAUGGUGCUGCAAGGAGGGCAGGUGGGCAGAGCCCCGUGCAUCCUGGGCUCAGGCCAGGGACCCAAGAGCUUGGGAGAAGCUGGUUCUCAGACUGAAGGCCAGAGCCCUACACCUUGUCACCAUCCUGAGGAGCAUCGUGACACACAACAACCAGAGCCAAGAGUCACACAACCUCCAGACCACGGUGGUCUGUGAGUUGUUGGGGAACCGGAACAGCUCGGGACACUGGCACUACAACUAUGAUGGCCAGGACUUCCUUCUUAGCACACUUGAGUCUUUCAACUCCAGCAAAAGCCAGCCAGAACCAAGCAGAGCUGCAGAAGGAGAGAAGGGAAGGAAACAAUCCUUCCUGACCUAGAGCUGCAUCUACCCUCUCUGGAAAUACCUGAAAGCUGGGGUGGGACCACGGCCCACCGUAGGUGUGAUAGGUGCGGACUGGUCCAUGUGGGGAAGGUGGAGGAGCUGAGGGCACUGUGGGAGGGAUGGAGUGCAGGCCCCUUAGCCAGCCUUCAAAACUCCAUUUCAGUACCCAUGUCCUAAAUGAGCACAGCUCUGUUGCUGACCAUCCUAGCCACUCUGCUUUCCUUCCCUCUCCCAUGCUUGGUCAGCCCUUUUCCCACUUGGUGUUCAAGUUCUGACCCAGGGCUGAGCACCCAAGGGCUCUCAAGUUGGGGCAUCACCUACAGUCACCAUGGAACACAGUGGAAUGGUGCCUAAAGCCCUGGUGUGGAGGAUGUACGGCAGCUUGAUAGGACCAGAGGCAGCCAGUUUGUCUAGGAGGUCUUUGCCACUACUUUUCCCUGUCCCACUAGCCCCCUUGGUGCAUGGGACUUUCUGCAAAGGCCCUGGAGAGGAGCCAUCCCAACAUGCUAGGCCCUUGACUUCUAUCCUCCAGUGUCCAGCUAACUUAGCUGAGGGAUGGGCUGCCCCAGCCCCUGAGUCCCUGGAACCCUAAGCCACUUGCCCCCUCGCAUGGCACUGCUCAGAGCCAGCAGUCUGCUGUGAUCCCUUUGACGUGAGCAUAGGCUCUCCUGUCUGGUGAUGCACCAGGCUGAUGCUGAGUCUCUGUGCAACCUCAGAUGAGCAGCUGGGGUUUGGAGGCAUGUAGCAAAGGUAGGGAGCCUGGCUGGUCUCACAGAGACCCACAUACCCUCUUGCCUUCGAGAGCCUCCCCACGCAAAGCACCCCCCAGUUUGGAUCUUCUGUGGGCUCCUGGCUUCUGCAGUGGUUGUUGUGGGAGCUGCAGGUGCCUUCCUCUGGAAGAAGUGGAGAAAGGGCAGGACAGCAGGUAUGCUCAGAGUAUUAGAGCUGGAAGCAACCUUAAGCAUCACUGGACAUCACUCUCUCUGGGAGGCUGGGGCUUGAGAAAAGAAAUUUCAAGAAGAGCAGCCUAGGGAAUAUGAAAAGAGAGGGGAGUGGGUAAGGGGUCCUAUUUCCUCUCUAGCUGACUUGGGUUGCCUUCUCCUAAUAUACAUAUAUAUUAUCUCCAUCUCUCUGUCUUUGUCUCUCUCUCUCUCCCUCUCCUUCCUCCCCCAUCUUACUCAUGAGAAGUUUUAUCUCCUGAAGUAUGUUUCUUUUUUUUUUUUUUUUGAGAUGGAGUUUCGUUUCACUCUUGUUGCCCAGGCUAGAGUGCAACGGUGUGAUCUCAGCUCACUGCAACCUCCGCCUCCCGGUCCAAGCAAUUCUGCCUCAACCUCCCAAGUAGCUGGGAUUACAGGCACCUGCCACCACGCCCGGCUAAUUUUUGUAUUUUUAGUAGAGACGGGGUUUCACCAUGUUGGCCAGCCUGGUCUCAAACUCCUGACCUUGUGAUCUGCCCAUCUCAGUCUCCCAAAGUGCUGGGAUUACAGGCGUGAGCCACUGUGCCCGGGUAUGUUUCUUAUAAACACCCAAGCAAUGAAAACCAAAUCAAAACUGGGCUCCCAAACUCCUCCUAUCUCUCUCUCUUUUUUACUUUUACUUUUUCUUUUUUUUUGAGAUGCAGUCUCAUUCUGUUGCCCAGGCAAUGCAGUUGCCGAGUGCAGUGGCUCGAUCUCAGCUCACUGCAACCUCUGCUGCCUGGGUUCAGGUGAUUUUCGUGUCUCAGCCUCCUAAGUAGCUGGGAUUACAGGCAUGUACAAUCACAUGCAAAAAAAAAAAAAAAAAAAACCACCAUUUUUUUUUGUUCUUUUUUUUAGUAGAGACAGGGUUUCACCAUAUUGGCCAGGCUGGUCUUGAACUGCUGACCUCAAGUGAUCUGCCCACCUCGGCCUCCCAAAGUGCUGGGAUUAUAGGCAUGAGCCACCGCUCCCAGCCUCCCUCCUAUAUCUCUUGAUCAAACUUCAGGGGAAAACCUGCCAGAUUCCCCAGGAAGGAUGCUUGGAGGUAGGUGGCGGGGUACGGUGAGGCCCAUGCGAACUUCUCAUUGAACACCACUCCCAGCUUUCCUACCCCCAUUUCUCUUCACAGGUGUGCAGAGAGAAGUCUACAUUCCCAUGUCAAGUAAGUGGGGUGGGUAGAUGGGAGGGCAUAUGAGAGUGGGGCAGCAAUUUUAUGUCUGAGUUGGAAGGAAAUUUAGAGUUCAUUUAGUCCAAAUCCUCUUUACUAGGUGAGGAAACUGAGGCACAGGAGGGGGAGGUGCCAUUAGCCAGGGAGUCAGAGCCAGGACUUAGAACCUGGUCCAUGCCUCCUAGUUUGUUCCUGACCAAUCCUCCCAGCUCACCCACUCCUCUUGCUCUCACCUCUGACUCCCUACAGGCUACAGCUAGAGAGUUGACUCCUCUAUUUGAGGUAAGAGUGUCUGGAUUUGGGAUAAGGUGACCUCAGUUUGCAGGUCUCUUGGGGGAGAUCAGAGAGUCCUUUGUUGAGAAGAGGGGACUUGGUCCACAGUGAGCAAAGGAAUUUGUCUAAAUUGCUAUUAAGGGAGAUCAUCUCCCAAGGUGGGCCAAGCCUGAACCCUCAGCCCUCCAUUUCUUGCGUUUCUUUUGCCUUCAGAUUGACAGGCCUAGGAAGUCAAAAUAAGUGGUUUCCUAGACCUGGUCAAGAGCAAGUCUCUAUUGGUCCCAACUGAGUUUUUUCAGCUGGUUUUUUCAACCAAACAGCACCCCAUCUCCCAGUGAGGGGAAGGGAAGGCUGGGCUCACAGCAGCAAGGCUGCUCAUCUCACCUGUCCCCACUCAGCCAUGCCAGCCGCCACACCUGGUGGGGAGAGUUGGGCCUCACCUGGGUCCCCUGGCAGUGCUCUGUGAAGGGUCUUGACAUUGCACUGUAAUAAUAAAGGUGUGUGUGAAGUAUCUUUUUAUGGUGACUUUCUAAGAUCCAGGGAAUCAUGGGACCAGUUCUGAUGACUCAGCCUGGCUUCCAGUCUCCUCCAGGCCCAGCGGUGGCCCCCAGCACUGGUCGGGGCUUGGGAGAGCUGGCCUUGGCUGAAGUGAAGCCACCUACCCUUCAGGCGUAACAGGACGGUGAGAAGGAAGGAAAGCAUGCCUCAACCUCCCAUCAGCCCUGAGCACCCCAGUGGGGGCUGGCUAGGAGUCUAGGCAUGCAGGAGGCUGACCCCUGACCGGGCUCAUAUCCAGCCACAAGGCAGCCAGGGACCCAGGCACCCUUGUCUGUGUCCCUCUCGGAAAUGGGCCUCUUGCCCAGGCCAGAAAUACACCACCUACAGUACAAAUUAUAAUCUAAAAACAAGAGGGUGGUGUUGAGUGGGGAAAUUGGGGAAGGUGUUUUAGGAGCCACUAGGAAAAUAGGCAGCAGGGACUCUCUGGACUGGCUUGGGGAGAGUGCUUUUGGGGAACCUGGAGGAUGGCAAGCUGAGAAACACUAGUGUGGAGAUUCCAGCCAAAUCCCAGGCCUGCCCCUCCCCCUCCUCUGAGAGGCCGUCCUCUUGGCAGACAGCAGAGAGAUGCAUGACAAAGGUGCCGUGAUGGUUCUGUCCUGGGGAUUGAGAUGGCUGGGGAGGGGCCUCCUCCUGUUCCGAAGCAUGUUCCUCCCACCCCUACUAGGCCCCAUAAUCUACCUGCCUUUUGGGCAGUUAAAGGCUGAGAAGUGAACACCGCUCCAACACCACUGCCUUGUAGACCUUCCGGCAGACCUGUGGCUGGUAUUGAAAUGCACACAUACAACUAGGCUCAAAAAGUCUACACAGACAGGAGAUGGGCACACGAACAGAGGCAACAUGAGAGUGGGGAAAAAGGCUCAAAAGACUCACGGAUGCCACCAAGAUGAAGACAGCUGGCCACAGGACACCCAUCCCCUCAGAAGGCAGACAGAGCCACUGACCCCAGCAGACAAGCCCAGGCAGGGCUGAGCCUGGAGCCUGCAAUGAGAAGCCUUACUUAAGUCGACAGAGGUCAGCGUGCCCAGUCCAGACCUGGCCUUCUGGCCUUUGUAGCUGUGGGGAGCCCUGGCCCAGAGCCCCCUCUGGAGCCCCCGGACUUACCCCAGGCCCUCCACUGAGAUCAAGUUUUGGGAGCAGACAGACAAACAUCAUCCCUCACAGACAGGCAUUCCGUUGGCUAUUCUCUUGCAAACAGAAUCAAGCACUAGACCAGCAGCAUGAGCCUCAGGAUACUCAGGCCAGGCCCAGAAAAACAGACCCUGAAGGGGAGCUUAGGGCAGCCUUCCUGCACCCCUCCACAAAUCACUCUCCACCUGCUCUGCAUCUUUCUGCCAGCCAGCCCCACUAAACAAAGCACAUCUCUCAAUCUGGGGGGCUGGGGGAGGGAUGCACGAUGAAGCUGGACGCCUGAGUCCCCCAGAGGAAGGAAGAACUAGAUACCUAGGUCCCUGUGGGGGGCCCUUGGUGCCCGUCUGAGGCUCAGUCUUUGAGGGGAUUGCAGAGGGGGGUUGCUGGAGCUCCUUUUAGCGUCUCUGAAGGGGAUUCUGUGUGAGGGGAUUGGGACUGGGGGGUUGGGGAGCAGGAAGCAGUCCCCAGGGGAGCCAUCCAGGCCCAUUCAAGGGUUGAGCACUUGUUUAGGGUUAGAGCUGCCCCCUCUGGGGACUGGGAUUGUCCAGCCAAGGCCAUUGUCCUGCCCCCUUCCCCCAGUCCCUCCCAGGCUUCUUUGAACCUGAAGUCAGAUAUUUUUUUCUCCACACCCCCCACCCCUUGGUUUUCCCCACCCAAGGCCUAGGGCUGGAGGCCUGGGCCAGUGAAGUGGGGGAGGGAGAAUGGGGCUUACUAUGGUAUUAGAUGUCUGAGUUUUGCUUGAGAGGGGAGCAAGGAGCCUGAUGUGCAGGUUCUAUAGUGGAGGGGGCCCAAAGCAGGUGACUGAUCCCUCUGUUUGGGCAAAGGUUGGGAAACUGAGGCCCAGUCAAUCCAAAGCCUGGUCCCUUGAAGGGGAAGUAGGGGCCAACCCCUCAGUCUGUUAGAUGAGGAGAGUCCGGAAUCUGAUUCUGGAAGACAGAGGGGUGGGGGGGUUGGGGGGUGGGGGGGAUAUAGCAUGGAGGCCUUGUCUGGCAGUCUACUCUUGAAGAUGGGGUGAAAUUUGGCAGGCUGGGCAGAUGGUGCCAGGCACCCAGGCUGCGGGGUGGCUAGAUUUGGCCAGUAUCGGGAUGGGAAUGCCUAGGAUUCUGGAUGGGUCAGGCGGAGGGCAUAAGGGAGCAGCUGGCCAGUGUGCUUAUGGCUGUUGAUGCAUUCAGGGAUAGCUCCACACACACAUUCAAUAAAUUUGAGGAGCUGAGAGGGUGACUGGCCCCCGGUGAAGGCACAGUGGCAGAGGUCUGUGGAGAGGGGGGUCAAGCACCUGGGUUCCUGAAGAACGUGGAGGUGUGGGAGUGAUUCCAGACAGCUGGGAUGUGCAGAGCCUGAGAGAGUGCCAGGGAGCGGGCUGGGAGUUGAAAGUUGGGUGUGGUGGCUCACGCCUUUAAUCAUGACACUGGGAGGCAGAGGCGGGAGGAUUGCUUGAGGACAGGAAUUCAAGACCAGUCUGGGUAACAUAGCAAGACCCCAUCUCUACUAAAAAUAAAAAAAUUAACAGGGCACGGUGGUCCAAGCCUGUAGUCCCAGCCACUCAGGAGGCUGGGGCAGAAGGAUUGCUUUGGCCCAGUAGAUCGAGGCUACAUUGAGCCCUCAUUGUACCCCACUGCACUCCAGUCUGGGCAACAAAAUGAGACUCUGUCUUAAAAAAAAAAAAGUUUCGGUGGGGGACCUGCACCGAAGUCCUGGAGGGGCACCCAGUUGUGUCUCCCGGUUUUCCUCUUCACCAUUGCCACCACCAUUAGGCAAACAUCCUUCGCCUCAGUUUCUCUCCCCACCUCCCUCUCCUCCACCCAUCCAGGGGGCGGGGCCAGAGGUCAAGGCUAGUGGGUGGGACUGGGGAGGGAGAGAGGGGUUGAGUAGUCCCUUAGCAAGCCCUCAUUUCACCAGGCCCCCGGCUUGGGGCGCCUUCCUUCCCCAUGGCGGGACACCUGGCUUCGGAUUUCGCCUUCUCGCCCCCUCCAGGUGGUGGAGGUGAUGGGCCAGGGGGGCCGGAGCCGGGCUGGGUUGAUCCUCGGACCUGGCUAAGCUUCCAAGGCCCUCCUGGAGGGCCAGGAAUUGGGCCGGGGGUUGGGCCAGGCUCUGAGGUGUGGGGGAUUCCCCCAUGCCCCCCGCCGUAUGAGUUCUGUGGGGGGAUGGCGUACUGUGGGCCUCAGGUUGGAGUGGGGCUAGUGCCCCAAGGCGGCUUGGAGACCUCUCAGCCUGAAGGCGAAGCAGGAGUCGGGGUGGAGAGCAACUCCGAUGGGGCCUCCCCGGAGCCCUGCACCGUCCCCCCUGGUGCUGUGAAGCUGGAGAAGGAGAAGCUGGAGCAAAACCCGGAGGAGUCCCAGGACAUCAAAGCUCUGCAGAAAGAACUCGAGCAAUUUGCCAAGCUCCUGAAGCAGAAGAGGAUCACCCUGGGAUAUACACAGGCCGAUGUGGGGCUCACCCUGGGGGUUCUAUUUGGGAAGGUGUUCAGCCAAACGACCAUCUGCCGCUUUGAGGCUCUGCAGCUUAGCUUCAAGAACAUGUGUAAGCUGCGGCCCUUGCUGCAGAAGUGGGUGGAGGAAGCUGACAACAAUGAAAAUCUUCAGGAGAUAUGCAAAGCAGAAACCCUCGUGCAGGCCCGAAAGAGAAAGCGAACCAGUAUCGAGAACCGAGUGAGAGGCAACCUGGAGAAUCUGUUCCUGCAGUGCCCGAAACCCACACUGCAGCAGAUCAGCCACAUCGCCCAGCAGCUUGGGCUCGAGAAGGAUGUGGUCCGAGUGUGGUUCUGUAACCGGCGCCAGAAGGGCAAGCGAUCAAGCAGUGACUAUGCACAACGAGAGGAUUUUGAGGCUGCUGGGUCUCCUUUCUCAGGGGGACCAGUGUCCUUUCCUCUGGCCCCAGGGCCCCAUUUUGGUACCCCAGGCUAUGGGAGCCCUCACUUCACUGCACUGUACUCCUCGGUCCCUUUCCCUGAGGGGGAAGCCUUUCCCCCUGUCUCCGUCACCACUCUGGGCUCUCCCAUGCAUUCAAACUGAGGUGCCUGCCCUUCUAGGAAUGGGGGACAGGGGGAGGGGAGGAGCUAGGGAAAGAGAACCUGGAGUUUGUACCAGGGCUUUUGGGAUUAAGUUCUUCAUUCACUAAGGAAGGAAUUGGGAACACAAGGGUGGGGGCAGGGGAGUUUGGGGCAACUGGUUGGAGGGAAGGUGAAGUUCAAUGAUGCUCUCGAUUUUAAUCCCACAUCAUGUAUCACUUUUUUCUUAAAUAAAGAAGCCUGGGACACAGUAGAUAGACACA